CCCAAAUAGAUAUGUUGUUUAUGAAUAUUCUAAAACGUAUUAAAAACAACCUACUUUUAUUAUCUAGUUUUGCAAUUAUAUCUUCUCAUUCAAAUUGUUUAUUAUCAUACCUUGGUUAGAUAGAUCCUCUUUUGCUCUUUUACGGUUGAUUACUGUUGAUUUAGUCAGCCUUCUCAUAUUUAAAUUCACCACAAAUACAUUACCUGGAUUUUAGCAGGGUUUUUUCUGGCAUCAGCAUUAUAUAUAUUAUUAUAAACUGCUAAAAGAUCCAUACAUUGCAUAACUGACACAUGUUAUCAUAAACAAUUGUAUUUUAACAUGUGAAUGAUACAUAUAUAGUUCAUCAUUGUCAUUCUUCAUUCAAACUACCAUACAUUGAACAUAUCACUAAAGAUAAAGAUCCACAUUUGUCAUGCAUAUAUUAGAAAUGAUUCAUUUUACAAAUUCUUGGUUGCAUGGACUCAUCCAAUCAAAAGACAUCCCUACAAUCAUAUCUUCAUUAAAGUACUUGUUAUUCAGAUUUAUAAUCCGACCAGAUUUCCUUGGUAUCAUAGAAGACGCAUCUACCCAUUCUGCACAAUCUUUGCAUAAGUAAUCCACAAACUUUCUGUUCUUGUUUAUUUGCCUAAUGCAAAAAAAGUGACUAUAGUUUGAAUGACACCAUGAGCAUGCAUCCAAUAAAAUGCCAACACAAUGUUUUCCACACGUAUAGCAUCCUCGAGUUGAAUGUACCUCACAUGAACACUGACUCAUCUUGAAAAUCUAGAAUGCACAAUAGGUUAUGUAAAAGCACAUUCAUAAAAGUAAUGCAUGAUAUGUGAUGUAUCUAUUUGGUUAUGUAAUUCAUGGUAUUUGCAUAAUAAUGUGUUUCAACCGGCGAUAGAAAAUACAAUAUCAGACUUACACUGGAUUAAGAUUCAAUGGCCUGUGGUAGAUAUAUGAACUUCAGUCCAUGUGAGUGCUGUUCUGCUUCGAAUGUUUGCUCUGUCUCAUAAAUGAAUUCAUUAGGUAGUAGUUGAGGUAUUCAAGAGUAUUUAUGUUCCACAUUGUGAAGAUGCUCCAAUACCGUUGGUAAGUAGCCAAUUCUGUCAUACAUUUAUUAUGAUUGUGGCCUUAGAUUAUAAGUGAACCUUGGGAACACGCUACUUUCAACCACUUUGGCCAGAUAUGGUACUCAGCGUGAGUACUUUCCAAUGCCGGAUUUCAAAAAUUCUAUUCUCAGGUAUGAUUUUAAUAAAUGCCACCUUUGGAAGACCCACAUUUCAACAGCUUCGUCCAGCUUUAGUAUUUGACAGAAACACUUUUCUAUAUCGAUUUUUGUAAAUGCUAAACUAAGCUUUAGUUCAUGACAAUUUCUGGCUUUGUUUUACUGGAGUCAAACAAUCUAUUUUCUUAAUGUUAUAUCCUAUUAAAUUAAUAUUAUGUUGUAUCCAUUUGUCUUAGCGAACUAAUAUUUUAUUGAAGUGUUUAUUAACUUUUACACUUUUGUAAGGCCUGCAUGUUAUAUAAGUAUACUAAAAUUUGUAUAUUUUUUAUAACAUUGCAUUAGGCCAAUAUCAAAUGUGCUCAAACUAUGCGAAUUAACUAAUUUUAAUUAUUUAUUAUAAAUUUUUUAUAGACAUCUUAAAAUCAUAUCAGUAAUGAUGGUAUUUUAAAUUCUAUAUUUUAUAAUGGAAAUUCUAUAUAAUUUUACUCAUUAAAAAGAUAAAAAAUUUAAAUGAUAUCUUAUUAUAUGUUUAGUGUCUUACAUAUACCACUAACAUAGUUCUUGUAUUUAAAAUGAUUUUAUGCAGUUAUAAUUUCUCAUACCGAUUAGAAAUUAGAUAUAUUUUGAGCACACAUACAGAAUAUUAUAUUAUUACAAUAAGCUUUUAAAUUAGUUAUAUACGAUAUAUAUAAAGUAUUGUUGUCACUUGUAUGUUGUGCAAGGAACUGGCCUCACUAUCAAUCUUGCUUACUCUUAUUAUUUUCAUUUCAGGUGCAUUCAGGAACAUUAAAUUUUUGUUUUUGUAUUUUAUUUUUUAGUUUGAUGAAUGUAAUUUAUAGGUAUUUAGGGCUUUUAAAAAGGUGUCCUCAUAUGUAAUAAUUAAAUAGUUUAAAUUUAGGAUGCAGGUUUCCAUAUCCACACCAAAGACCAGGUAUGUGUUCUUACGUCCAAUAUCAACCGAGUGAAUAUAGAUGCACUUAAACAUUUUAGGCAGCAAAUAGUGUAUGGUUGCAUCUCUACAGGUUUUUUAAAAGUUAGAUAUAAAAUUAUUAUAAAGAAUUUUUAGCACAAUUUUAAUUAUUCCAAUUUAUAAAGGCAAGAUUUUUUGCAAAAAUAUAUUUUUCAUAUCCGGUUUUGUUUAUAAUAAUUCUAUCCAGAGUUUGCCAUGUAAUUGUGUCAUUCCCUUUGUAAAAUUUAUUUCCUCUGAAUUUUCUAUGUCGAAAAUUGGUUUUGUUCAUGUUUAUUUUAUAGUUUUGUAGUUAAAAUUUUAUAAAAUUGAAAGGGUUUUGUCCUCACAUGUUUUCAAAAUUGGAGACCUCUAAGUUUCAUUUGAAAACAAAUCAUAUCUACAAAUACUAUUUUUCAAAAUAUUCAUACGCCUAUAACGAUUGUAAAAGUUCUUACUGUAUUAUCAAAACUGAAUGUUACAUUUUUUAUCACAUAGACACACACACCUUACUAAAAACAAAUGAUACAAAUUUACAGAAUUUGCUGCCUAUAAUUUAUAUGAUAGUUGGUGUAAUUCACUUAUUCACACAUGUCAUCCGUCUAUCAUGGUCUUUCAUAUCACAAUAUUUUUUCUUCUCUCAUCUUUGUAUCUUUGUACAUGCUUUAUACACCUAACCCUGCAAAACAGCUGACAUAGCAAAAAAUCGAAUAUAGAAAGAAGUAUUGUAAAACAUAGAAAGUCCUAGGUUGACAAUACUACCAUCCCAUAUCAUCCAAGAAAAAACAUAGAUAGAAAAUACCCAGUCAUAGACUUUUAGGUUUAGUUAUUACAGACACACGGCUUAUAGUUUAGCAAAAAAAGUUGAGUACUGUCUCAAGUCUCAAGUAAACAUAGCACUGCAUAGACCAAAUGUUCAACAAAUCCACAUUAGUGAAAUUUUUCUUCAAACAAAAUAGAGUCUUGGUCUGUAGGUUUCUUUCCACAACUAUUCCUUUUCUUGCUUAACCCUGACACUCCGCCUUUUGUUGUUUCCGUUAGCUGAAAACUGGUCAUAUAGGUUCCUGUUGAGUUUUAGUCUCGUAGAUCCGAGAGCCCAACAUAACUUCGGAUAUUAGGGAUCAUGGAUUCGGUAUAAAAAUGAAUAAAUAUAUAAAAGUGUAUAAACUAGCUAUUUUUACGUGGAAACCCGAAAAGGGAGAAAACCACGGGACUUUUUAGGCUAACGUCCAAGCCCGCUCUUUCUCAUUAUUACCCUCCCAUCACUCAAUUACAUAAUACAUGUAUAGAAACCUCCAUCAAUGGAGUAUGAAUAAGCUAAUCUAAUCUAAAGAGGAUGGGGAGGUAACAUUUUCCCCAGCCGAGAAGAGGAAAGCAACCCCUCUCUAAGGAAGAGCCCUCUUCCUAUUUAUAGAAGGGAGGGUGGGGUAUUACUCUUAUGGGCCAGCAGGCCGGUUGGGCCUUAAUGGGCCCAAUUCCUAUCCUAACGGGCCGGUUAGGCCGAAGACGGGUCGGGUAGGCCUAAAUGGGCCUUACUGUCCGGGCUUCAUACCGGGUGAUGACUUGGGCCUCUGAACAGUAAUAGGCGGGAUAAUAUUCCCCAACACAAGUCCCCCAGUUUCUUGAGUAGUGAGCUUGCAAAUCUACUCGAGAAAGUAUACUCUUGCUCGCGCCCUUUUCUGCCAUCCCUGAAUUAGUCUUUGAAUAAUCUUGGGCGCAAGGCAUGCAUAAUCCAUAAAUGAGGUGCAAUCCCGUACUAGGCACGACGGCGCUGUAAAGCCAGCCACUCGUGCUGCAUAAAAAAUGGCAGUCGUCAUCCUAGAUCAAGGAUGGACGAACCCGACUGUGAGUCACGCACGACGGUGUUGUGGAGCCCGUUCGUGCUGCAAAAAAAGCGGCGGUCGUCAUUCCAGAUCAAGGAUGGACGAGCCCGACCGAGAAUCAGGCACGACAGCGCUGUGGAGCCCGUUCGUGCUGCAUAAAAGCGGUGGUCGUCAUCCUAGGUCAAGGAUGGACGAGCCCGACCGAGAAUCAGGCACGACGGUGCUGUGGAGCCCGUUCGUGCUGCAUAAAAGCGGCGGUCGUCAUCCUAGAUCAAGGAUGGAUGAGCCCGAUCGAGAAUCAGGCACGACGGUGCUGUGGAGCCCGUUCGUGCUUCAUAAAAGCGGCGGUCGUCAUCCUAGAUCAAGGAUGGACGAGCCCGACCGAGAAUCAGGCACGACGGUGCUGUGGAGCCCGUUCGUGCUGCAUAAAAGCGGCGGUCGUCAUCCUAGAUCAAGGAUGGACGAGCCCAACCGAGAAUCAGGCACGACGGUGCUGUGGAGCCCGUUCGUGCUGCAUAAAAGCGGCGGUCGUCAUCCUAGAUCAAGGAUGGACGAGCCCGAUCGAGAAUCAGGCACGACGGUGCUGUGGAGCCCGUUCGUGCUACAUAAAAGCGGCGGUCGUCAUCCUAGAUCAAGGAUGGACGAGCCCGACCGAGAAUCAGGCACGACGGUGCUGUGGAGCCCAUUCGUGCUGUAUAAAAGCGGUGGUCGUCAUCCUAGGUCAAGGAUGGACGAGCCCGACCGAGAAUCAGGCACGACGGUGCUGUGGAGCCCGUUCGUGCUGCAUAAAAGCGGCGGCCGUCAUCUUAGAUCAAGGAUGGACGAGCCUGAUCGAGAAUCAGGCACGACGGUGCUGUGGAGCCCGUUCGUGCUGCAUAAAAGCGGCGGUCGUCAUCCUAGAUCAAGGAUGGACGAGCCCGACCGAGAAUCAGGCACGACAGUGCUGUGGAGCCCGUUCGUGCUGCAUAAAAGCGGCGGUCGUCAUCCUAGAUCAAGGAUGGACGAGCCCGACCGAGAAUCAUGCACGAUGGUGCUGUGGAGCCCGUUCGUGCUGCAUAAAAGCGACGGUCAUCAUCCUAGAUCAAGGAUGGAUGAGCCCGACCGAUAAUCAGGCACGACGGUGCUGUGGAGCCCGUUCGUGCUGCAUAAAAGCGACGGUCGUCAUCCUAGGUCAAGGAUGGACGAGCCCGACCAAGAAUCAGGCACGACGGUGCUGUGGAGCCCAUUCGUGCUGCAUAAAAGCGGCGGUCGUCAUCCUAGAUCAAGGAUGUACGAGCCCGAUCGAGAAUCAGGCACGACGGUGCUGUGGAGCCCGUUCGUGCUACAUAAAAGCGGCGGUUGUCAUCCUAGAUCAAGGAUGGACGAGCCCGACCGAGAAUCAGGCACGACGCUGCUGUGGAGCCCGUUUGUGCUACAUAAAAGCGGCGGUCGUCAUCCUAGAUCAAGGAUGGACGAGCCCGACCGAGAAUCAGGCACGACGGUGCUGUGGAGCCCGUUCGUGCUGCAUAAAAGCGGCGGUCGUCAUCCUAGAUCAAGGAUGGAUGACCCCGACCGAGAAUCAGGCACGACGGUGCUGUGGAGCCCGUUCGUGCUGCAUAAAAGCGACAGUCGUCAUUCUAGAUCAAGGAUGGACGAGCCUGACCGAGAAUCAGGCACGAUUGUGUUGUGGAGCCCGUUCGUGCUGCAUAAAAGCGGCGGUCGUCAUCCUAGAUCAAGGAUGGACGAGCCCGAUCGAGAAUCAGGCACAACGGUGCUGUGGAGCCCGUUCAUGCUGCAUAAAAGCGGCGGUCGUCAUCCUAGAUCAAGGAUGGACGAGCCCGACCGAGAAUCAGGCACGACGGUGCUGUGGAGCCCGUUCGUGCUGCAUAAAAAGUGGCCCUUGCUGUGAUAUGGACUUACGAUGCCAUGGUCAUUGCCAUGGUCCUUACAUUGCCAUAGUCUAUAGGAAUGGAUCCGACUCGACUCGACUUGACCUGGACAUACAUGGACUUGACACGACUUGACUCGACAAACAUGGACUUGACUCGAUUUGUCUCGACAAACAUGGACUUGACUCGAUUUGACUCGACAAACAUGGACUCGACUCGACUGGCCAUCCUCCAAUCCCAUAGUUCCGAUGAUCCAGGCCGCCCAUACUAAAGACACAAAGCAGUUUCUGAUGAUCUGGCGCAGGUUGACAGUUUUCAGUCUCUAUCUUCCCCGAUCAGGGAUCAUUCAGUAGCAUAAUCUCUUGCCCAAGUUGUAUUACUCUCGAUUUCUUUUGUAUUUUCCGGCGAGUAGUGUUUGAAGAAUAAAACUCGAUUCUUUCCCCAAUCUUGUGACUUCAUUGUUUUUUUUUCCUUUUUGUAUUUUUCAAACCCGAACUCCUAGUUCCUUCGUUUUUAUGGUUACCGGACGCGACUUGGAUUCGUCCACACUCAUAAUUCUGACACCCUUCCCAAGCUGGUUUUGAUCCCUCUAUUCGGUCAUAAAGCCAGGGUCGACAUAUUUGGGCUGAAAUAUCUUCCUCCAAACCAUUCGUGCUUCGGUCAUCUACUGCGAAUUCUGAUUUUUAUCCGAACAUCAUUCGUUUUUACCGUAUUUGUUCUGACACCUUUCUGUUGAAGACUAUUUUAUUGUGAAUCAAGUUUGUCUGUUUUGUCUGUAAUAGAUUUAGAUGUUUACUAUUUCUGUUCUGCACUGAUUAAAUAUAUAUGUUAGAAUAGUAUUUAAUAUGGGCCAAGUGUCAGGCCCAUACUUAGGCGAGAAGCCCUAUUUUACGCAUACCUGAGCCUCGCCUAUAAAAGAGAGCGGAGGACUCAGGUUUGCGGUUAACUUUUCGUAUCUGCUCAAAAUAGCCUUAGCGCUUAUCAUUCUUGUACGAACUGUUCACGGUAUAUCAGAGAAGGUUUACGCUUGAUCUUUCUGUGUUCAUCUUUGUUGUUAAUCUUUCAUCUGUAUGCCAUAUUAUCUUGCUGUUAUAGAAAACGGGGACUAACAAAUGGUAUCCCAAGCAGUCAGGUUUUGACCUAGUCGGAUACUCUGACGCUGAUUUUGCUGGUUGCCGGAUGGACCGCAAAAGUUCAUCGGGAGCUGUCCAGUUUUUGGGCGAUAAGUUAGUCUGCUGGUCUUCCAAGAAACAGAACUGUGUGUCAACAUCUACGGCCGAGGCAGAAUACGUCGCGGCUGCUAGCUGUUGUUCACAAAUAUUAUGGAUGAAGACCCAGCUAAAGGACUACGGUUACACUUUCCACCAUAUCCCGAUCUACAGCGACUCACAGAGCGCCAUCGCCAUCACCAGCAACCCGGUUCAUCACUCCCGCACCAAAUACAUCGACCUGCGCUAUCAUUUCAUCAAAGACCACGUGGAGAAAGGAGAUAUUGACAUGUACUUUGCAAGCUCCGAGCUUCAACUGGCUGAUUUGUUUACUAAGGCACUGGAUGAAAAGAGAUUCCAGUUUUUGGUUUCCAAAUUAGGCAUGUUGAACCUCGAGCCUAUGUAAUUUUGUUUCCACUGGUCUGUAAAAAAGUGUGUGUGCGUGUGUCUGUAAAUAAUGUGUGUGAGUUGCAUUUUGUGUAUUGUGUGCGUUGCAUGUGUCCAGGGGAAGAAAACCGAGAAAAAUUCAAAAAUAGUGUGUGUGCAUUUGCAUUCAUCGAGGGGGAAAAAAGGGCGAAAAAGAUCAAAAAAUAGUGUGCGUGAGUUGCAUAUGUACAUAGUGUGUGUGCAUUGCAUUCAUCGAGGGGGAGAAAAUUUGAAAAUCCCAAAAAUAGUGCGUGUGUUGAUUUCAGCGAGGGGGAGUACUUUUAUUGAUCAGAAAUGGGUCUUUUAACCCUUAAGGCCAAAUGGGCCCAACUACCUGGUUCUGGCCCAAACCUUCUUCUUUUCUCAAGGCCCGUUCCUAACCUCGCGUAUUUAAACCCUUCAGAUCUCUCGCUCCUCCUCAUUUCCUUACGCCUUCUCUCUCGCAAAGUCCAGAGCUCGAGAUCUCGCUCCUCCUUCUCCGUCUUCUCCCCUAACCUCACUCCCUCUCACUCAUCUCCCCAAACUGCCUCUCACAAGGUAACACCUCGCUUCGAUCUCCCCAUCACACCAUAUCACUCCCCUCACACUCUGCUUUUCGAACGCUACCACGAACAGUCCCAAAACCGAAAACGCGAUUUCACAAAUUCAAAAAGUUUUGGUUGAAUGUUUAUUUUGUUGUUGUGUCUUUGCAGGUGGAUGUCAUCUUCUUUGUGCGAACACGAGCUUCUGCAACUCGAGUUAAAACGCUUGGCUUCAAAAUCCGGCGUUUCAAAUUCGAGGACAGACCGCGAGUUUGUAAACUCGCACUCAUGAGCUCGAGUUUGUGAACUCGCGUUCAUGGGCUCGAGUUUGUAAACUCGCGCUCAUGGCCUCGAGUUUGCAAACUCGCGUUCAUGGGCUCGAGUUUGUAAACUCGCGCUCAUGGCCUCGAGUUUGUAAACUCGUGUUCAUGGGCUCGAGUUUGUAAACUCGCGCUCAUGGCCUCGAGUUUGUAAACUCGUGUUCAUGGGCUCGAGUUUGUAAACUCGCGCUCAUGGCCUCGAGUUUGUAAACUCGCGCUCAUGGCCUCCAGCUUGUAAACUCGUGUCCAUGAUCUCGAGUUUUAUAACUUGGUGCCAGAACUCGUUUCUUCAUCUCUUAAAUCAUCAACCCCAAGGGGAAACUCAUUCUUUUGCUAACGUGUGCUAUUCUUUCAGCUAAAUAUGUCAGGCACUCAACAAGACACCUCCCAGGAGGAUGCACUCUAUACUCAGUUGUUCCCCAAAUACAAGUGGGUUCGGCUACAGGACAACAACUACCAGCUUGACCUUGUCGUCUUCAAGUGCCCUGACCCAGUUAUCCCUGUCAUUCUUAAGGGGCACUACAUCUGGCCGGCACUCACCAAAGCUAUACCGGUCCCCGAAAUCUAUCUGCAACAGUUAUGGGGGACCAUGCACAUGCUCUCCAAGAAGGACGCAUCUAGUAUCAGUGCCACGCUCCACAACAGAAGGCUGGCAUUAACGUCGUCCACACUAAGAACCACUCUGGAGCUGCCUGUCCACCAAUCUUAUGAUCCGCUUCCCUCAAAGACUGAACUGAUGCAAGGAUUGGAGAGAUUGGGAUAUGAUGCACCACUGCCGUUCCUGUCUCACUUCAAGUUGAUGAACCUGUCAUACCCAUGGAAGACAUUGUUUGGCCUCAUCAACAAGUGCCUAUCUCCGAAGCACGCUGGCCAUGACAAGUGCAACAUGCAGAUUUUCCAAAUCUUCCAUGGGAUCGUUUUCAACAAAAAUUAUGACAUGGCGCAGCUAUUCUGGAUCGAGCUGGUGACUCAAGUCCAGGACAAAGAGGACGGAAAAACGGGCAUGACGAUUCCCUAUGCCAGAUGAUUGGCGCUCAUCAUUGAUGAAUAUAUGACCGCACACCCAGGGAUUCCAAAGCGCAGAGAUGAAGAUCAGUACACUGCCCCAAGCUCCAGUACUUCAAGCGCUUCAAACAUGACGCUGUGGGGAUGACAAUACCAGACUAUCUGCUGGACUUGGGCAAUCCACGACACUCCGCCGUUGUCCAGUAUAGAGAGAGCUUACAGAGAGAUGGCCCCAUGGUUCAGCAAAACCUAGCUGGACCUGCCCCGGGGCCUAAGCCGAGAGCAAGUAAGGGUCCAAAGAGAGCCCGUAAGCCACAGAAACCAGUGGCGCGUGUGCCCCAUGAAGGGAAGUCUGACGAUUCUCUCGAGAGGAAUCAGAUGGCUGAGGGCACACGUACAAACGCUGCGGAACCUGCCAAUGAGUCGUCCAGCCCGGCCCAUAAAAAGGCUGACGACGAGGCAUCCAAUAGCGUGGCCAAGGAUGAUGACGAUGCUAACGAUGAUGAUUACAACGCUAACGAUGAUGAUGACAACGACGAUAUUGACGACGUGGAGCACACCUUUGCCCUAAUCCAAAAGGGGAACCUGCCACUUGAAUCUCCUCCAAAGAAGAUCACCCCUGAGGAUGCAGCUCCAUUUAUAGCUGACCGUCCCAAGAAUAUAAUCAUCAAACAAGUGAAGGAGCCGGUCACAGCUAAGAUUGCUGCUCCCCGUUCACCUAAGUCAAAGAAGCAGCGUCCUGUCAGAAAGAGUUUGGUCGCUGAGGAGGACCUACACAUCUUUGACGACUGUCUUCCCUUCAUCACUAUAAGCCGGGCCGAAUCCUUAAGUACAGGGGCCAAUCUUUUUGGUUCCCGGGUAGAAGCCGCAGCAUCAGGCUCAACUGCGCGUGCACCGCCCUCUCCCAGCCACUCGUUAGCCUCCCAAAAGGCUAACGUUUCAACAACACGGGACUCACCCACCUUACUGGUUCCCUCCGAACCAGUUGAGCGCUCUAGUGGACCACCGCCCGAGGCCACAACCCCCUUUUUCCACACAUCGAGUCUAGGUGUCACAUUCCCCACAUUUUCAAAUUUUUCUAAGACACCUACACCAUUCACAGCACAUACAAGUGCACACACCCUGAAUGCAACGACCGGAGUGCAAACGAUGACGGUCGGAAGCCCUGCUACGCCAACAAUGACUUCAUCAUUGAACGCAGGCCACACAUCAGCUCUCUUCACUGAUGCUGUGACAACAGUUACAACCCCCGUAACUGGACCCCUUACACCCGAAGACGUUACCGUUCUCAUGGACCGCUACAUGGAGUCCACCAUCAAACCAUGGGUGCAACAAGCAUUCACCGCUUGGGCACAGGACUCCAAGACAACCCCAACGGUUCAUAGUGAACAGAGCCACCCUGAACCUCGCUCUUCACCCUCUCAAUCAAAUCCUCAACCCACUCCUGUCAUCCCUAUCACCUCCACCAAAUCCCUUAGCCCAUCACUCUCUCGGGGAACCCACGAUACAGAACUAGUAUCGCCCCCUACCUCGACCAAUCCCUUCCACCUUACACCCACGAUACCGAUCUUGAACUCGCCGAUCUCCUGUUUCUUCGGAUGCUGGAGGUCGACGCUUGCAACCUUACACCCUUCGAACGUGACCUUCUCCAAGUUUUCCUCAACCACGACCGCCCUCAAUACGGCACUUGUCGUGACAGUCCCCGAGGUUUCAAACGUUCCCAUGAGGAUCCCGAUGAUUCGGAACCUCAUGAGGGGGAGAACAAGAGACCUCGGACACUUGAGCAAGCAGCCUCUACCAGCCAUAACCCCCAGCCAAACACCUCAUCAAACCAGCCCACCAACCAACCACCACCUUCCUCGAGCCACAACCAAGCCCAACUCUCUAGCCUGGUCGAGCUAGAUGAAACAUCCCGAGGCUUAUCUCCUAGAGAUACUGUCCGAGGAGGGGAUGGAAGUCCUGUAGUGGUUACCUCUGGUAUAUCACAAAGCUCAGGCCAUCGAUCAGAACACAGCUCGAAAUCGAUGUCAACAUCCCGAGGCGUGUCUCAAAAGGAUACCGUCUGAGGAGGGGAUGGAAGUCCUGACGAUGCUAUCUCUGAUUCAUCUGUCAAGUCAGGCCAUCAGCCAGAACUCAGUUCUAAGCUGAUGACGACGGGCAAUCCUAGUGAACCCGGUUGUGCUUCACGAGAAAGAUCACCGCAGCUGAGAGUCCCAUACAUUCCCCAAGGCAAAGACAUUCAUGAUGCACUCGAGGAUGCUGUAAUACACGACGUUUGGCUGAGAAAGUGGACAGAGUGGGAUGAUCUUAGAUGCGAAGCUGAAACAGAGGAUAUGCAGCGAAAUUGGUGGCUGAGAGAGUUGCUGGCCAAAUGCGCAGAAGAUAUCAUACGCCUUGAUGAAGAGGAACUCAAAGAAGGGGAGGACUACAAAAAGAUACCCAGGGAGCUAGAAUCUGUCAUCAGACAAACGGCAGGCCAGAUGCCCCCAAAAGAAAAGCUCUGGGAAAACAUCAGAAUAAAUGCCCCCUUCCAAGAGGAAAUCAGAAAGGGAAUUUGGAGAACCGCAGACAAGCUCAAGCAGCUCAAUGAACUGAAGAUCCGUGGCUUGACUCACCUUAAGGGCAAACUGGCUGGCGGACACCUUCACAUGCUGAUGCACAGAUCAUCUGGAAAACAACGACAAAUACUUGAAAGAGACAUGAAGUCCAGCAUCCACCCUAUUGACGUUAUCCUUGAUGUGCACAGAGAAGAUCAUCACACCAUCCCGUUCUACAGCUUCAAAGUUCGACGAACAGACUCCAGCAUAUUCAUCUGCCAGGAAAAUGAUUUUAUAAUGAUGAAAAUGGAGGAUAUCUACCAAAUGUUCAUGGUAAGUAGGUAUCUCUCACUGAAUCGAAACAUGAUACACGAAGAAGGUUAUGAGGCGAUCAAGCGAUUUAUGCUGAGACAGAUCAGAUUCUAUGCUGCCCAUGAUCUACAGAUGGCCCUGGAAAACAAUGUCAGAAAAGCAAAUCUGGUAAAGCCAACUCUGUACGGUCCAGAGCUCAAAAAGUACAGACCAUAUCAUAUCUUCAAGGACCCAGUCUCUAUCCUAUAUCUCAAUCACGAGGAACAGAAAAGACUCAUGUGGGUAGAAGACAUUCACAAGUAUUGUGAUGGGACUCUGAAGAUCAUCCAGACUAAGCUGCAGGAAAUCAAGGAGAAUAUAGAUCCAAGACUUGCGGACGCCAGCGAGGAAGAGCUCAUAGUAUACAAGAAGGUGUGGACCAUCCUAAAGCCCAUCAACGAGCAACAUGAAAAGAGAAGAAUGCUGAGACAGUAUGAGCAUGCGCUAAAUUUCAGAAAGCAUUACUUCAGAUCUCAAAAAUAAAUGCAAGACGGCACUUGAUCACAAAGGGGGAGAUUGUUGAAGACUAUUUUAUUGUGAAUCAAGUUUGUCUGUUUUGUCUGUAAUAGAUUUAGAUGUUUACUAUUUCUGUUCUGCACUGAUUAAAUAUAUCUGUUAGAAUAGUAUUUAAUAUGGGCCAAGUGUUAGGCCCAUACUUAGGCGAGAAGCCCUAUUUUACGCAUACCUGAGCCUCGCCUAUAAAAGAAAGCGGAGGACUCAGGUUUGCGGUUAACUUUUCGUAUCUGCUCAAAAUAGCCUUAGCGCUUAUCAUUCUUGUACGAACUGUUCACGGUAUAUCAGAGAAGGUUUACGCUUGAUCUUUCUGUGUUCAUCUUUGUUGUUAAUCUUUCAUCUGUAUGCCAUAUUAUCUUGCUGUUAUAGAAAACAGGGACUAACACUUUCCCAAGCCCGUUUUGAUCCCUUUACCGUUCGUGAUUCACGGGGUCAAAAUUCUUUUAGCUGAGGUGAAUUCCUCCAAGCCGUUUUGAUCGUGACCACAGGGUCAAACUCUCAACUGGGACAGGGGCUCCCUCCAAACUGUUAACCCGUUCAUCAUUCGGUCAUCCGGAAUGAUCCCACGUGUUAACAAGCUGAGGUGAGACUAUCUCCCUUCCAAAUUUGUUCUAACACCUUUCCCAAGCCCGUUUUGAUCCCUUUAUCGUUCGUGAUUCACGGGGUCAAAAUUCUUUUAGCUGAGGUGAAUUCCUCCAAGCCAUUUUGAUCGUGACCACAGUGUCAAACUCUCAGCUGGGACAACGACUCCCUCCAAACUGUUAACCCGUUCGUCAUUCGGUCAUCCGGAAUGAUCCCACGUGUUAACAAGCUGAGGUGAGACUAUCUCCCUUCCAAACCCAUAAUUCCGAUACAUUCCGAACUAUUCUCUCUGGCUCGUAUCAUCCAUAUUAGGGGUCUGAGGUAACCCUUUUCAAACUGUAAGUAAGGUCACCGGAUCGGGUCAUUCCUUAUUUAUAGCUAAAAGGGCGACUCGCUUCCAAAUCAAGUUAAUGACUGAGGCGAGAUCUUUCAAAACCAUAGUUCCGAUUCCCCGGACGACAAUCUGUACCUUAUCCGAACGUCGCUCGGUUCGUCCAUAUCAUACAAUCUUGACACCAUCUCCAAGCCGUUUUGAUCCCUUUGCCCAUACGUAAUUACAGGGUCGAAUUUAGCUAAGUUGAUGACUCAGCUCCCUCCAAACUGUUAACCCGUUCCUCAUUCGGUCAUCCGGAAUGAUUUUGCGUGUUAAAAAGCUGAGGUGAGAAUCACUGACAUCAAACUCCAGGCCAUUUUGAUCCCUUUAACAAUGCGUAAUUACAGGGUCAAACUCUAUUAGCUGAGAUAAUGGCUCCCUCCAAACUGCUAACAUGUUCCUCAUUCGGUUGUCCAGAACGAUUCCCACGUUAACCGCUGAGAUGAGACUAUCUGAGUGUCAAAUUCCAAACCGUUGGCUGAGAAUGACUUUCCUUCCAUGUUGUUAACCCGUUCGUCAUUCGGUCAUCCGGAAUGACUGCGUGUUAACCAUGGGCUAAGAUUUUCUGAGCAUCGAUUCUUUAAGCCGUUUUGAUCCCUUUAUCCGUUCAUAGAUCUAGGGUCAAAACUCUCUUAGCUGAGAAUGAUUUUCCUUCCAUAUUGUUAACCCGUUCGUCAUUUGGUCAUCCGGAAUGAUCGUGUUAACCAUGGGCUGAGAUUUUCUGAGCAUCGAUACUCCAAGCCGUUUUGAUCCCUUUAUCCGUUCGCAAGUCUAGGGUCAAAACUCUCUUAGCUGAGAAUGAUUUUCCUUCCAUGUUGUUAACUCGUUCGUCAUUUGGUCAUCCGGAAUGAUCGUGUUAACCAUGGGCUGAGAUUUUCUGUGUUGCCGAACAUCACUCGGCAAUCCCUUUUCUGAAUCUCGAUCCCCUUUUCUGAAUCUCGAACUUCAUUUCUGAAUCUCGGUCUUCAUUUCUGAAUCUCGAUCCCCUUCUCUGAAUCUCGAUCCCCUUCUCUGAAUCUCGAUCUUCUUCUCUGAAUCUCGAUCUUCUUCUCUGAAUCUCGAUCUUCUUCUCUGAAUCUCGAUCUUCUUCUCUGAAUCUCGAUCUUCUUCUCUGAAUCUCAAUCUUCAUUUCUGAAUCUCGAUCUUCACUUCUGAAUCUCGAUCUUCUUUUAUGAAUCUCGAUCUUUAUUUCUGAAUCUCGAUCUUCUUCUCUGAAUCUCGAUCUUCUUCUCUGAAUCUCGAUCUUCUUCUCUGAAUCUCGAUCUUCAUUUCCGAAUCUCGAUCUUCUUCUCAUUUUUUUAAGAACGUUUCUGUGCUUCGUGAGCUCCCUGUUUGAGCAUACCGAACGACUAUGAAUCUCUUCUUUGCCGGUCAUGAACGUCUUCGCGCUUCAUGCCAAACAUCGUUGAUUUCCCCGCUUGAGUUUAUCAAACGGCUUUUCAUGCUUGUACUUUCUUCAUUUCCUUGUUGGUCAUGAACGUCUCUGCGCUUCAUGCCAACAUCAUGGAUUUCCCAGCUCGAGUUUAUCAAACGACAUUGCCUGCUCGAGUUUAUCAAACGACAUUGCCUGAUUGUGAUUUCUUCUUUUCUUUGUCGGUCGUGAACGUCUAUGCGCUCCAUGCCGAAUUGUCAUGAACAUCUUUGUGACUCAUGAUCUCCCCGUUCGAGAAUAUCGAACGAAUUUCACUGCACAAUCAGUAUGGUAAUACCGCCGUACGACCGAACAACAUAUACAAGCAUAUAUAUACACAAGUAUAACAUUUCUUUUAUAUUUUUUGUUCAUGACUACCGGCCAAGAAGGUAAUAACAACCCUUGGCUUGGAUUUAUUUCUCGAACUGCCAGAGUCCACGACCGGAACCACCUAGUGGUUGGCUGGGUCGUUCUCAGAAAAGUUUUAACUAAUCAAGGUACGUACUUCGCCCCGUACUGGGUUCAACUGCCGUUCGGGCACUUACUGUCAAGUGGGACCAUGAAUAGUCUCAACUUACUGUCAAGUGGGACCAUGGGACCAUGUCAAGUGGGACCAUGAAUAGUCUCGAUGGCACUUUAAAAUACGUCAUCGAGGACGCUUCAUCCAAUUAAUUUGGCCCGAUCGGGGGUGGACCGAUACACCCAGUCAAACCAAGCAUUUAAUUGAAACGUUGGUGAUUUCAUCAUCGGAGCUUCUUCGCUCGACACUAUUUAAUUCGGGAACAUUUUAUCCCUACUAAAUAAUGGUGAUUCAACUAAUAACACUUAAUACUUUAAUGUAUUAGCACUUGAUGCCUAGCAGAACUUUAUCACAUAAAAACGCGUUGCCGGAGUGAUACCCUACGGAUGCACUCCGAUCGCUCUAUUACCCCGAUCGUGGGUUGGCCGGUCGGCCCACUAAAUCUAAAUCAUUUAAUUUUAAAUGAUAAUGGACUUGUCACCGGAGGCUUGCUCGUUUAUUAUUCAAUUCAGGAUAUUUUAAUCCCUACACAUAAUGGUGAUAACAAACAUUCCUCAUAAUGCUAUUUGCAAUCAAAUUAGCAAGUGAAAGAAUGAGGGUACUUAGCUGAAUAGGGCUGAUGUUCAGCUGUCGGAACAAGAUAUUGGCCCGAUAAGGAUUUAAUCCCAAUUCAGGCCCAAAUUGCUUAAUAACCCAGCCAACUGAUGCCCGUACCACUGCCUUUCACAUUUGGGAGGUGCUAUCCCUGAUUCAUUGGCGGUUUAGAAAUUGACCGAGCGGCAGUACGACAUGGGUAGCCGGUUGCGAGCGGAUGUCCCGAUCUGGCGGCCAAUCUUAGAACUCAUCGAGCUUAGUGAGGAAAACCAGCGACCAAAACCGAACGGAAAGGCCCAUGUAGUCAAGGCGGUAACAGAUCGCACAUCGCCCGACUAUCGGAACUGGCCCAAGGCGAUGGCCGAUCGGGAGUUUAUUGUGCAGGAAGUCCCUCAACGAUUUUCUCUGGCUACGCAAGCUCGCCGGCCGCCGGUCGGGAAAAUCUGAAAUGACCAAAAAUGGAUCGGGAACAGAGCAAGAUUGGAGUUCCCCUGCGAAGGUUUGGCCGGACGGGUAUCCCGAGCAACUGUCUGUUACUUCCAGCCGGACGGGGUAGCGAGGUACCGGUCGGUAUCCUGCCGCAGGUUGAUAAUCCAUCCAUGGCAUCUGCCAGGAGACCGAACAGCAUUUGGACAGGGGUGGCAUCUUCUAAGGGUGUUUAAUGCUUAUUCAGGAGACCGAACGGUGCCACAAAUCCAGUUGCUGAGAAGGCCCUGGGGGUUCUUUGCUGGUCCAUGACCGAGUGGUGGGUUGGCCAUGGACACCGAGCGGGGUGUGAAGAGAAGGUGGCUUCUCCCUUGGACGCCCGUUCGGAGGACACUGCCGUUCGGGACAGAGCAGGUGGCUUCUCUCUUGGCUUCUCUCUUGGAUGCCCGUUAGGAGGACACUGCCGUUCGGGACAGAGCAGGUGGCUUCUCUCUUGGAUGCCCGUCAGGAGGACACUGUCGUUCGAAGGACAUUGCCGUUCGGAGGACAUUGCUGUUCGGGAUGCAGGUACCUAUUUUUUGGAUAACCACAAAUCUAUCAAAUCACUAACCGUCCCCUGUCAAACUUCCUGUCAGUGGAUAAGUGAUCCUCUUAUGCCAAAUUAGUGGGCACGUGGGCUCCAUUCUCAUUUUCUUCAAUCGUGGUUAUUCGCAGAUGUGUGAAUAGAGGCCACCUCCAAGUUGCUAGGUGUGCGGGUCCCCUGGUUGGUCGGGCCGUGAACCAGCCGCCUCCUGGGAUUUCCUCCGGGCAUAACUGUUUGCUUGGGCGUUCCAGUCAUUACGUUCCCGUUCGGGAGACUGGUGCUACUUUUGGAUAAGAAUGAAUCUGUCAAAUCAUCCACUGUGUUGUCGGGCUUUUUACGUAAAAGCAGAAGUUAUCUCUGUGUGUUGUCAGGUUAGUGGAUUGUUGGGUCCCACCCAUUAUUUCUUCCACCGACGGUAGUGUUUGCACUGGGAGUUCCAUAGCAUCUUCCUUCAGUUUCCCAUGGCAGCAGGGUAGUUUGCAACCUCCGUUGACUUUCCAACAUCAUUUUUUGUAGUUGAAAUCAGUAGCUUUGGCAUCAAAAAAAUUUGUAGAAUCAAGAACACAUGUAGCUUUUUGAACGUUUCCCACAGACGGCGCCAAUGUUGAGUUUAGUCCCGUAGAUCCGAGAGCCCAACAUAACUUCGGAUAUUAGGGAUCAUGGAUUCGGUAUAAAAAUGAAUAAAAAUAUAAAAGUGUAUAAACUAGCUAUUUUUACGUGGAAACCCGGAAAAGGAGAAAACCACGGGACUUUUUAGGCUAACGUCCAAGCCCG